AUGUCUGGCACUCUGGAGAGAGUCAGCCUUUUUGCGCUGCAAAUGUUCAUAUUAGGAUCCUUCUUUCACGUGCCGCUCUUGGCCUAUGCAGUCUACAAGAGAUUCUGCACUACAAGGAGAAAAAAAGUUAUCUUUUUCAUCUGCUUCUCGCUCCUAAUCUUCUGCCCAAUUCCAGAGUGCAGCCCUGCACGACGGUGGAGCUUGUGGAAGCUUCUGCAUCGCUAUCACCGCACAACUGUCGUGGUUGAGGACCUAAAAUGUCUACCAGCCAAAAGGCCUGUCAUAUACACAGCAUUGCCCCAUGGCAUAGUACCAGUAGCCCAAGCAUUGCUUCCUUUAAAUGACUUCAAUUCCCUUAUUGGGCACUUCCGGCUGGCCAUCGCCUCCAUCGUCAAACGCGUUCCUGUUUGGGGUCACUUCGCUUGCGUUACAGGCGCGCAAGACGCCACUCGGGCAAAACUACGCGAGGCUUUAACGAUCAACGGCGAUAGCGUUGUUAUUGUUCCUGGAGGGAUUGCAGAAAUGUAUGCUAUCAACCCCAGUACAGAACGCCUACACCUGAAUGAACGCACAGGGCUCUUGAAGCUCGCCCUCGAGACAGGUGCGGACAUCGUCCCCAUCUAUUGUUUCGGCAAUACUGACACGUUCAAGCUCACGAAGGGAUGCAGGAGUCUUCAGCCUAUUGCCAGACUUUUUCGCACUGCUCUACUUCUGUUUUAUGGACGGUUCGGGUUGCCCGUAUCGUUCGAAGUACCGCUGCUGUACGUUAUCGGCAAGGCCUUAAGACUCCCCAAGAUUCGACACCCUUCAACGCAGGACAUUGAAGCUGCACAAAAGCAAUAUCUGGCGGCAGUGCAACGAAUUUUUAACACGUACAAGGGUCUCUACGGCUGGCAGCACAAGUCCCUGGAGAUAGUUUAA